AUGGACGCGGAGUGGUCAAAUUGGUCCUAUUCUGGAUGGCGAGAUGAUUCGCAGUGGCAUGGCUGGCAGAAGCGGCACUCACAGGAUGGGGUGCAUGGGCGAGACUACUUUUCGCCGGCGGAAGCUCCGGAUGAUGGGGCGCAUGGGCGAGACAAGCCGGAGCCGGCGGAAGCUCCGGCACCUCCGCCUCCGCAAGGACCUGGACCUAGGCCACCGCUUGGGCCUCCUCCGCCACCUCCGCCCGGGCCUCCACCCGGGCCUCCACCCGGGCCUCCGCCCGGGCCUCCGCCCGCACCUGCUGUAGCUCGACCUGGACAAGGGCCUGCACCUCGACCUGCUCCGAAGCAGAAAGGGCCAUCCUUCACUCCGCCCUUGCGUGGGCACGACGAAGAUGUUACUCAGCUGAUGGAGGCAAGCCGAGCUUCGGGCGCUCGCCCGAACUUCAGUCAGCUUCGCAGGGAGUUCGACGCGAAGAUGAGAGAGGUGAAGCAGACUUGUGCAGAGUUACACAAGGCACAACUCGAAGCAGAGCUGGCGCAACAACAGGUGAGGUUCAACGAGGAGAAGAAGGCCUACGUCGAGGCGGCGAACUUGGCGGCGAAGGCGGCUGCCGAGGCCGACAAGACGGAUGCGCUGCUGCAGCUGGGCGAGCGCUGGAAGGCCUACAGUGACGCUGAGAUCCUGAAGGCCGUUCAGCGCGAGCAACAGUCUGCGCAAAAACUUUUGGCCGAGCAGAAGGAGGCCUACGCGCUCGAGAAGUCUCGUCUAACUACGCGCGUCAACGAGCUCUUGGAAUCCGUGGAGUUUUGGAAGCAGUCGAGCAUGGAAUGGCGACAUUCCAAGCUCAGUGACUUGGAGAAGAUCGCAGCCUCACAACAGGCUCAGCAGGAGAAGGGCACUCAGGGCAUGAAGCCAGACACGCAGAAGAGCCCUCCCGGUGUGCUCCAGAAAAAGGCAGUGGAGGACGACAAGAAAGAGUCGAAGCCUGAGGAGCCCCCGAAAGCAGAUCUUCCGGAGGUGACGGCAGAAGAUCAGAUGAAAAGGGUUGCGGCCAAGUACCCGGAGGCGGGGCCUCAGAGUCAGGGCGGCAUUACGACACGAAAUUUCCUAGCACAGCAGGUCGCAAAGAUGAGAGCAGAGUCUUCAGCCUCGAAGAGGAAGAAAGAGGAUCGGAAGGAAGAUGACAAGAAGGCUGGGAAUCUCAUACACUCCUCUUCAAAAAUCCCGAAAUGGCAUAACUGCAUAAACCAAAUCAUAGCACGGCAGGUCGAAGCCAAGAAAGCGAAGAUCGAACAGGCUGGGCUUAACUCUGAUGCACUCUCCUAUUGCACAAUGAGCAAACAUUUGGCAGUGUUGGCAGCAGUUGUCGACAGAGGCACCGCCUCCGCGACCGAAGGAAAAGAAGGAUAA